CACCUUGAUUACACAGGUGUUAAUCUUCCUUGUAGCCAUUUUGUUCAAGAAAUAUGGCAGCCAAAUAUUGCGAACCGUGCACUGCACGUGGUAUGAAUCCAAUAGCACUGAAAUGGUGUACCGAAUGUGAAGAAGCACUGUGUUCCGAAUGUACUGAAGCCCAUAAAGUUCAAAAAAUGUCUCGAAGUCACCAUUUGGUUGAGAUAGGUAAAAUACCAAACAAAAUUGACCUAUCCUAUAAUUGUUCAAAGCAUCAACCUUUAACUUUUGAUUAUUUUUGUGUUGAUCAUGAUGUUAUUUGUUGUAAGGAAUGUUUGUCAAAAGAUCACCGAGCAUGCAAGAACGUCACAUCAAUUGAUAUAGCUUCAAAGAGUUCUAAGCAAUCACAGUCAUUCCUGGAUUACGAAGAACAGUUGCGCUUUAUUUUAGAAGCAUUAGGAAAAUUGAACAUAAAUCGAAAUGAAAAUAGUAGUCGAAUAGAACAAGAAGACACACAAAUUCGAAAACAAGUAGCCCAAACAAAAGAAAUUCUCAUCAAACGUAUAGAAUAUUUCGAAGAGUCGCUUCUAAAACAACUAACAGAACUUAAAAACAAAGAUAUAACUGGUAUAAAACAUCAGGAGAAAGAUAUAGGUGACUUAUUAACAUCUACAAAAGCCCAAAAAGAGGCGUUAGAAUUUAUAAGAGAUCAUGGUUCUGAGAAACAAGCAUUUAUUUCAAUUCAUUCAUCCAAACCAAUCUUAGAUGACAUUGAAAACAAAGUUAAACAGCUGACAGAUUCGUUUGUAGACACCAGUCUUAUGUUCGUCGGAAGUGUAUCAGAAGACAUUUUAACAGAUCUUGGUUCAAUCGAAUUGAAGGAAACGCCAUGUUUAGUUUCAAUGGUCCCUUACAAGCAGCUGCAGUCACAGGUGCCAGUUGUUUCGAGUGGGAAGCUUAGAUCCUUAACCUACCUAAAUGACAUCGACAUGAAAGGAGAAAGGUUGAAGACAGUAUCUGGCAUGACGAUAACGGACAAUAACAAAUUGAUUAUCUGCGAUGUAACUACGAGAAAGAUUUAUUUUUUCAAUGAAAACAAUACCUAUCUAUCAUCUAUCAGCUCUCCACACCAACCAUGGGAUAUAGCAGCAAUACCAGGAACAACCACUGCUGUUCUGUCUUGUAGAUUGGAAGCGUGCAUACAGUUCAUCGAUAUAGAUAUGCGCAAAAUAUCAAAGCAGGUAAAAGUGAACCAAAGCCAGGGUUGUGGUGUUGAUGCAACAAAACAUAACAUCUAUGUCGGAUCUAAAGGAAAUAUACAUGUCCUAGAUUUACGUGGAAAUUUCAAAAGAACAAUAAGUAUGAAAAAUAUAGAGCAUUACAUUGACUACAUUGCUGUUUGCUCAAAUGGAAACAUUUGUUAUUCAAUCACCAAUGAAGUCUGCUGCAUAACGGCAGAGGGAGAUCCUGUUUUCUCUUAUACCUCUCCUGAUCUUCUUCAAUCCCGAGAUAUUCAAAUAGAUGAUGCCGAUAACAUAUAUGUCCUUGGACGCGAUCCACGAACCAUUGACAUUUUCACAUCUUCUGGAAUCUUAGUAGACAUUUUAUCUAUUGAUAAUUUGUCAGAACCUCUUUCAUUCUGUUACAACAAGGAACUAUCUAAAGUCUACAUCGCAAAUAAUCGCGGAAAAACAAUUUCAGUUUUCAAGGCAAAAAAGUAACAUUAUAAAUGAAUUUGAACACAAGUUUUUGUACAUGUCAAAACAUAGCUAAACACUUCAUAAAAUGUUAACAACAUUAAGUUGUUGGUUAAAAGUUUGUUUGAUGAGACAAUUUAUUUCAUUUCAAGUUUUGUAGGUAAUUUUUUAUUACCAAAGGGUAUUCAUUAAAUUUUCAAAUCGAUCUGUGAAAUUUUAAGUGAUUCUGAAAUGUAAAGGGUGGACAAUUGUACGAGACAAUGGUCCAAAUUUUGUUUUCGAUUUUAACCAGGAAGUUAAUAAAAUUACCCUAUUAUUACUCAGAAA